AUGGGGAACACAUGUGAUAAUUGUCUCAUAUUAACGGCUCUAAUAAAGAACGGCAGUGUCGAGCUGGCUAGAAAUUUAUCGCAAGUGAACUCUGACAAUUUUAAAGGAGUCGUAAGUUAUUCAGGAUUCAUUACCGUAAAAGAACAGUACAAUUCGAACAUGUUUUUCUGGUAUUUUCCUCAUCCUGAACAAUCGAAAGAAACACCAUGGAUCAUUUGGCUACAAGGAGGUCCUGGUUACUCAUCUUUAUUCGGACUUUUUAUUCUUAUUGGUCCUAUACACUUAAAACAUGACAAAGUUCAGUUGAGAAAUAUAACUUGGGCAAAUGACUACUCUUUAUUAUUUAUCGAUAACCCAGUUGGAGCCGGCUUCAGUUUUACUACUGACUAUCGUGGUUAUAUCUCCGAUGAAGAUGCUAUUGGGGAGCAACUUUACGAGUUUCUCCAACAGUUUGUCCAAGUAUUCCCUGAGCUUCACGAUGCACCACUGUUUAUUGCGGGAGAAUCGUAUGCAGGAAAGUACAUUCCAGCAUUAGGAAUACAAAUUCACAGACACCGUGAAAAAAACCAUCACAUUAAUUUAAGGGGUAUGGCUGUUGGUAAUGGUUUAAUAGAUCCACGGAGUAUGAUGCAUUACAGUGACUUAUGCAAAGCAUUAGGUAUCCUAGAUACAGUACAACUCAAUAAAGUAAAAGAAUUGGAAACAAGUAUAGUAAAGUUGAUAGAUGAAAAUAAAAUUGUUAAUGCUUCUAAUAAAUUUAACGAAACUAUAGAAUACAUCAAGAAACAGAGUGCUGUAAAUAUAUACAACUUUCAUAAAGAGCCUGAUGUAAACACUACACAAUUUGAGAGAUUCGUUAAUAGGGCUGACGUUAGGAAUUGGAUUCAUGUUGGAAACGCCACGUAUAAUCUAAAUAAUGAAAUAGUCUACCAAAAGAUGUUACCUGAUAUUAUGAAUAGCACUAAACCAUUCGUGGAAGAAUUGUUGGAACACUAUGGAUUCCUGUGUUACAGUGGUCAGCUCGACUUGCUUUUGCCGUACAGCUUGUCUAAAUAUACGUAUCAAGAGCUGAGCUGGUCUCGCCAAAAAGAAUACAGGAGUGCACCAAGGAAGCGACUUCGCCAAUACCCGAGUCAAGCACUCGUGGGGUUUAAAAAGUACGGUGGAAAUUUUAUGGAAAUACUAAUACGGGGAGCCGGCCACAUGGUGCCUCUUGAACAACCGGAUGUUCUGAAAUUCAUCAUGGACAGUUUCAUUAGUCAAUUCACAUCUUAA